AUGAAGGGGGUCCGAAUAUCUGCAAUCUCGCGCAACUCCAUGAAUGACAAUGAGAGAUACAAGACCAACAUCGAUGUCGUCGGAAGAAUCCAGCACGAAAUGGAUAUUGAUGACAUGGCCAAAAAGGCUCACAAGAGGGGCAUCUUUGACAGAUUCGAUAUCCCCGGCCUGCAGGGCUAUGUUGCCGAGAUUUCGCCCUCGGAACUCGGCAAUCUCACUGCGUGCGAGUUGAUUGACCAUGUCGAACGAGACACCAUCAUCAAAACCGCAGCCGUGGCCGCAAGGCCGGGUCUCGCCAAGCGCACCAUGGUCAAGCAGUAUAAUGCGCCUUGGGGCCUCGCCCGCAUCUCUCACCACAACAAGGAUCACCGGGACUAUGUCUACAGCGACACCGCCGGCACUGGCGUCUACGUCUACGUAGUCGACACGGGCAUCCGCACCACCCAUGCCGACUUCAAGGGCCGCGCCAUCUGGGGCACCAAUUUCAUCGCCUCAUCCUCGGACUCGGACGAAGACGGCCAUGGCACCCAUGUAGCAGGCGUCAUCGCCGGGAAGACGUACGGCGUGGCCAAGAAUGCCACCGUCAUUGCCGUCAAGGUGCUCGACAAGACCGGCACGGGGAGCAUGUCCGGGCUGCUGCAGGGUCUGAACUGGGCCGUAGCCGACGCCAAGAAGCGCGGCGUGGUAUCAAAGGCCGUCAUCAACCUAUCCGUGACGGGAACCUACACGCAGUCGGUCAAUGAUGGGAUCAAGGCCGCGACGGAUUUGGGGAUCACGGUCGUUGCGGCUGCCGGGAACAAGAACGACGAUGUGGCGCACUGGUCGCCGGGUUCCGCUCCGUCGGCUAUCACUGCUGGGGCAAUCGAUGAGGAUGACCAACGCUGGGAAUCGUCGAACUUCGGGGCAGGGGUGGACAUCUUUGCCCCCGGAGUCAACGUUCACAGCGCGUACAACGGCGAUGACAACGAAGACGCGUGGAUGAGCGGGACCAGUAUGGCAACGCCGCAUGUUGCUGGACUAGCCGCAUAUUUUAUAGCCAGGGAGGGUCUUUCCGGAAGUGAGGUGAAGGAGCGAAUCCUGGGUAUUGCUCACGAGGGGGUUGCAGACAGAAAGGAGGGGGCUGAUAAGAUUGCGUAUAACGGAGACGGAGCAUAAACAUAAGGAAGGGGGGCUGCCAUUGAUUCUGAUUCUUGUGUAAAUUUGGUACCGGCCAGCCGAAUUCUGUCUAUAACGGUCCAGUUCAUAAAACUAAUACAUCUAUUGCCCUCAUCGUUGG